AGUCCUCUGAGCGACACCAAUGGCAUUGGAAGAUAUAACCAUUUACAUGGUAUUCAGCAUCAACUUCUCCAUCCAGGUCAAACAAUGCAUCUUGGGUGCCUAUUGAGUUUGAUGUCAACGCCACCUUGUCUCGGCCUGCCCAACAUAUAGAGACUGUCUCAGAACACAGACAAUUGUUAUUGCUUAUGGCAACUGACCCCUCCACUCACCUCAGCCUCCGGGAGGACCAUAUCGCCACAGCAUCGCCCGAGACCACCAGCAACAAAGCGACUACGGCCGACCCCUCGCCUUCUCUCUCACCAGAUCCCUUUGACCACCAAACGGAUAUCCAACGUGGCCGCAAACGCCACCGCGCCAUCCGGGACAUCAAAGUCACGACCACUGCUGCCGCCGCCACUACUGCCGCCAUCACUACUGCCACCACCACCAAACACCGACCGAGACCCUGCCCGGGCUCGACAGAUUCUCGCACCCUGCGCGGCCGUGCCCGGAACCGCUCCACCUCUGUCAUCUCGACGACGACCGCCACAACCACAACCACCACCUCAACGCCGUCACCAGCUCUCGCCCAUGCCCUAUCCCUCUCCCACCCGGAUGCCAACCUUGCUGCCGAGCAGCAUCAUCACCGCCACCACCACCACCAGCAGGUCCCCCAUUGUCACCAUGAUCAUCAUGAUGAGCAACAGCAACAGCAGCACACCCUCUCGGAGGGAUUGAUGACCUCCAACUUGGGGGUAGCAGUACGUGCCGAGCGGUGGCAGGACAGUCCGCAGGGAAACUGGCAGAGGCAGAAGGAGAGGAAGAGGGAGAGGGAGAGGGAGAGGAAGACGGCGAAGAGGAGGGUGGUGUGGCGAAGGCGGAGCCAGAGUCCCUCACGAUCGAGGUCUCCUCCUCCUCCUCCCCCUCGUCCCCUGUCUUCUCCGGCGGACACCGGCGAACCCGGGCCCGAACCUGGGCUGGCGGGCGCCUUUGUUGAGGACGGGACGGCGAGCGGCGCCGUCAACAGCAGCAAGAGCAGCAGCAGUGGUGGGAGGAGGAGGAGGAGAAGACAGAGGACGACGAGUCGGAGCCGGGAGCACCGGGUCCUGGCUACCUGAGGCUGUUCAGCCGGGGAGGGUUGCACCGGGUCCGUGUUGAUGGGUGUGGGUGUUAGUGUGGGGGCGGUGCCGCGGUUGUCGUUGGCCUCGGGCGUCGGCAGUUGAAGGGGGGAAAGGGUGAAAAGAGGGGGGGGGGGUUGGCGAGGUGGGUUGCCAGGAUGCUCGCAUCCAAUGGCUUGCAUCAGGUAACUAAGGUAGUGGCUCUGUAGUGGGGCGAAGAAGGGCGGGAUAGUGGGGUUCUGGAGGUCAGCGAGGGAGUCACGCGGCUGUUGGCAUAACGGGGAGGGCUGAACGAGGAGGUUUCCGGUUUCUUUUCAUUGCCUGGGGUCGCAUUUUGAUACGCGACGCUGCCACUGGCUGCUCUCUGCAACCGAGAGGGUCACCGCGCCGGUUGCGGUUUCGACAGGGAAUUUGGUGCGCUGGGAGUCUGGCCGGAGAUUUGGAAUAGUAUGUACGUAUAUACCUAUUGACCCACCACUCGAGAGGUGUAGGUAUGUACAUACAUUGCAUACCUACCUGAUGUACAGAACAUGCAUGGGUAGGUAGAUAAUUCGUGCAUACAUCAGAUAAGAAGGGUGUGAUCGU